GUAUACCGCUCAUAGUUAUAGCUGUGCAAAGAAGACGAGCUCAAUAUUACCUCUACUUUUGCUCUCGUUUCGCUUCUUUUUUUAUUUUUAUUUUUUUUAUUUUGGCUGGCUGGCCCCCCAAACAGGAUCUGCUCCUCAUCUCAAGCUUACAUACGUCUCAAGAAUAUUGGCAAUCUUUGGUGUACUUUCGCCUUGUACAGCCAUCUCCAGUACUGGUCAGACAGACUGUCGAGAAAGACAAACUGAACGAUACACACACCUCCAACUUCUCCGAAGAAAACAGUCAAGAUUCUCCUGGAAAAAGGAGACAAAGAUUUGCAGGCAAUGGGCCAUGAGAACGCCAACGGCGCCGUGAAAGAUAUCCAGACCCUUUCAUUCUGGAUCUCGUUCGUCGUCGCCUGCAUACUCUGCAUCCUAGCCUUCGUUCAACGUAUCAGACGUCGACAUCUGGGCAGAUACGCACCGCCAGAGAGGCAAAUGGAUCCGCCGCCCUUUUCUUUUUCGCCAGAAGAAAAACGAGGUGGCGAAGGGCCAGCUGGUCUAGUGGACCAUGGAAUGCCCUACUAUCGAGCAGACCCGUCAUCCGACGGUGUAGCCGGACUCCCUUCAGCCUGUGAUAUUCUGCUGCCCCUGUCCCAUUCCACACAGCUGCCCUCGAGUGGUUAUCUGGCUGCCAUUCUAGGCCGGGAACGGGGUGCCAGAUCUACGCAAUCGUAUCAGCAGGCGCAGCCACCUUGCGUGGUUGCCCCAUCUGAGCUGGGCCGAUGUCCGGGAGAUAGUCGGCCUUCCACCGCUGGGACGGACGCUGGGCGCAGCGCCGGGCUGUUGCCCCCUGAGGGAUCUGGAUCUCUUGGAUCUUGCAUUGAGACCGCCGAUCGAUCGACUGGGUCGCAGGCGCUCGACGCGCAAGAAUUUUCCGGCAUGUCAGCCCCGGAUGGGACCCGUUCUGUCCAGAAGCGCAACCAGGUCGUCCAGCAUCUUUACGAUGCGGAUGAAGGGGGCGUUCGGACGUACAGACGGACGAAGGUCGAAUACAGUUAAAUGGGUGAUUAUGUCCGUCCCAUGUAGUCUCUCACUGGAUCUGGAUAGGAUAAUUUUUUUUUUACAUUCCACCACGGAUAUUUUCGGGUCAUUCAGGUGCAUGUUUUUUAAUUAGUUUUUUUCACUCUAAAAAAUGGUGCCUAAUGGGUGGCGGAUUGUUUAAACAAGCAGAAGCUCAAAGUUCUCUUACUUCUAUUGAU